AUGGCUGAGCAUGAAGAGUAUUGUGCUAGCAAUAAUAUAGCAAGAAUCAUCAUGCCACAGGUUGGAAAAGAUGAUAAACCUCCAACCUUAAAGUUUGAGAAACAUGUGCAAAAGUAUAGAGUACCUGUUGUAGCAUACGCUGAUUUUGAGUGCAUCCUGGAGAAACCUGAUGGAGACAAUGAACAAUGGAUUGGUAAAGCUACCAAAGUUAUCCAGUAUCAUCGGGCAAUGAGUUACUGCUUAUACUUUGUGCGGGACCCAGAUUUGGAAGAUUCCUGGCUGACAAUCACUAACCUAAUCCCUCAUGAGCCGAUUGUCUACAGGGGUCCUGAUGCCACCAAACAUUUAAUGAAGACCCUCACCAUGCAUGCAAAAGAUUUAGAUGAGGCAAUUGACUGCAGGAAUAUCAAGUUGCUCCCACUAACCAAAAGAGAACAAGCACUACAUAAUGCGGCUAACUUCUGUGAGGCCUGCAAUGAACGGUUCAAUGAAGAUAAGGUGUAUGACCAUUGUCAUAUAACUGGUAUCUACUGGAAUGCAUUGUGUCGUAAAUGCAACCUGCAGCGACGGCGACAAUCAUUCAUGCCAGUGUUUCUCCACAACUCUUCAAACUACGAUACACACUUCAUUAUUCCAGAGCUGGGUAGAGAUAAGGAUCAGCUGUUUGUCAUCCCAAACUCAUUGGAGAAGUAUAUAUCAUUCACCAAACGAAUAUCUCCAAAAAUGCACCUUCAAUUCAUCGAUACAUUCCGGUUCAUGCCUGAUAGUUUAGACAACCUGGUUACUAACCUAGUCAAAUCAGCAUCGAAUCCGGAAGACUUGUCCAAAGUGCUGCUACAUACUGCCAAAGUGUUUGGAAACAAAUUGAGCCUCGUCUCAAGGAAAGGAGUGUUUCCAUAUGACUACUGCGAUUCAUGGCAGAGACUCGAAGAAACAUUGCUACCACCCAAAGAGGCAUUUUUCAGCAAGCUGGCUGAUAGGAGUGUUAGCAGUGAUGAUUAUGAACAUGCUCAAACUGUGUGGAACCGAUUCAGUUGUAGAACUCUGGGAGAGUACAGUGACCUGUACUUGAAAACAGAUGUUCUCCUGUUGGCCGAUAUCUUUGAGAGCUUCCGUGAUGUAUGCAUGAAGACUUAUGAUUUGGAUUGUGCGCACUACUUUACAUCUCCAGGCUUUUCCUUUGAUGUCAUGCUGAAAUAUACUAAAGUUGAGCUUGAGCUCCUUACUGACUAUGACAUGUACAUGUUUAUUGAGCGAGGUAUCAGAGGAGGAAUAACAAAUUGUAUACACCGUCAUGCAAUUGCCAACAACAAGUGCACUGGCGCACCUUGGGAUCCAGAGAAGCCUACAUCCUAUCUGUUAUAUACAGAUGCCAACAACCUAUAUGGCUGGGCAAUGUGCCAACCACUUCCAUGUCGCCAAUUCCAAUGGAUGGAUAAAGAAGAAUUGGAAGCAGUAACAAUGGGUAUUACAGGUUUAGGGGAUAAUAUGGAGAUUGGAUACAUUCUAGAGGUGGACAUUGAAUACCCUUCCAACUUGCACAGUGAGCACAAUGAUUUCCCAUUUCUUGCAGAGAACAAGAAAACUCUUAAAUCUAAUCAUGUACGACUCAUGACAACACUGUCUGAUUGCGAACAUUAUGUAUGUCACUACCGCACCCUAAAACAGGCAAUACAGCAUGGGUUGAAGAUUAAAAAGGCUCAUCGAGGUGUGCGGUUUGAGCAGAAAAACUUUCUAGCAUCAUACAUCAUGCUUAAUACAGAGCUAAGACAGCAGUCAAAGAAUAAGUUUGAAAAUAACUUUUUCAAACUCAUGAACAAUGCUGUGUUUGGUAAAACAAUGGAGAAUGUGCGAAAAAGAAUGAGCAUGGAGCUAGUGGAUGAUGAGAAGUGUUUGAAGAAACUGAUUGCUCGACCAGUGUACAAGGAUCGUAUCAUAUUUGGAGAGAAUAUUUGUGCUGUUACGAUGCAUAAAGAGAAAGUGGAGCUCAAUAAGCCAUUCUAUAUAGGGUUAUCAGUGCUUGACAUCAGCAAAACCCUCAUGUACAAAUUCCAUUAUAACAUCAUGAAGCCCAUCUACAAGGACUGUCUUCAACUCUUAUAUCAAGAUACUGAUAGCUUGUUCUACCUUGUCAAGACAGAGGACAUGUACAAAGAUAUCAUCAACAAUCAAUAG